GCUCAGCUCCAUUUUUUCGGCGCCCCGCCCGCCUAGAGCCACGCCCCCGGACGUGCGCGCCGCCGCACUCGCGGCGCCGAGCCUCGGCCGGCGCCCCCUCCCCCCCGCGCGGAGGCGCACCGCAGGGAACGAUGCACCGGCGGCUCGCGUCCCGCGCUCUGCGCCGCCUGGGCGCCGGCGCGGCGGCCACCGCCCGGGGGGGCCGCGCCGAGACCGCGGCGCCAGCGCGGGUGGCGGCGCAGAGGGAGCUGCCCCGCCACAUGUGGCAAACUUGGCGCAGGCUGGCGCAGGAGAGGCGGGCGCCAAGGACGCCGCCGAGCGGGCCGAGGCGGGCGCCGGGGGCGCCUCCGAGCAGGCGGAGACCAAGGGCGAGGCGGCAGCGGAGGGCAGCGGGGCUGCCGCGGCAGAGGAGGCCUCGGCGCCCGAGGGGGCCGCCGAGGAGGCCCAGGCCGAGGAGGAGACCCAGGACCGACGCAAAGUUGAAGCGAGAGCUCGCUGAGCUUCAGGAGGAAGUGAAGGCGAAGAAGCAUGACUUGUUGAUGACGCUCGCCGAUUUUGAGAACAACAAGAAGCGUUUUCCCCAGGAGCGAGAAACUCGCAAGCGGACGGCAACUGUUGGUUUUGCGAGGCAGAUGGUGGACACGUACUCGACGUUUGAGGACACGCUCCUCGUGGCACACAACGAGCAGUCCAGCGAGGCAGGCCAAGCAUUACUCGAGGGCGUCGUGCUCACGCGCGACCUUUAUAGGGCCACGCUCGAGAAGUUUGACCUCAAGCCGCUGUCCGUGGAGCCGGGCGAGCCCUUCGUCGCUGCCCGCCACGAGUGCGCCUCGGACCCGACGACGACAAGCCCUCUGGCGCAGUGGCCGAGAUGGUGCAGGCUGGCUGGAUCUUCGAGCCGCGAGGCUCGCCGCCCGUGAUCAUCAAGAAGGCGCAGGUGAAGCCAGAGAAGUCCGAGACGCCUCCCGCACCCUCGGCGUGAGAGUUCAGGGAGCGGCGCGGCUCUGCAGCGGCGUGUAGCGUGUAGUGUGUCUCACUUGCCCUGUCCGCUGCAGGUUUUCUCCGCCAGUCGUUGUGCGGCUAUUCUGGCUCUCUGUUGUGUCGGUCUGCUCUAUUUCUGUGCGUUCAUCUCCUUCGCGGCAGCAGUCAUCCUGAUGAUCCUCCUCA